ACGAGGAAAACACAUGUACCGCCGGGACUCGGGAGUCAUGGGUCUGAAAUGUCCGUCUCAAAAUUACCACCUGCUGUCUUGAGCUUUAAGCAGUUUUUACAGAGACAGAAAGUGUUAAGUUUGUACCGCAAUAUGCUGAGAACCAUUCGUCAGGUUCCCGAUGACGCCGAUCGCAAAUAUCUGAGGGACUGGGCAAGAGAAGAGUUCAAGAGGAACAAGGAUGCGACCAACCAGGACGACAUUCGUAUGAUGAUCACACAAGCCCAGAACCACCUUGGCGAGCUGAGAAAAACCCUUGCUCUGGCAGGAUGUUGACUUGUGGUCUGCAGACAAAGGCGAUAUCCAAAACCACCAGUGGCGUGGCACACGGAGAAACCUGUCCCCUCUGCUUGUCUUGAUCUCAGGAAUAGAACUAAAUAGCCUGGUGGUGAUGUUAUAUGAGCCAAGGCUGUUAGCUAGACUUGGAACAUGGCAUGAUCUGAACUGAACAGAGGCUUGGCACAGUUGACAAGGUCGCUAACCCUGUGUACACUGUAACAGAGGUCCAUAGCCUUUGUUUUCAACUCAGAUCAUGAUUACUAAUGUGCAUUUUUGAAAAAGGCCAAUCUGCCAAUCAGAUCAGCUUGUGUGUACUGUUCAAAUCACGUUGUUUAUAAUAAGGUGAUUCGGGGGUGAAGAUGAGAAUAAAAAUGCAUUUUGCAUUAA